GGUUCGCUUAUAUUUUAAACAUUCUACAGUUAAACGGCAUAAUCGUCUUUGCAGUAAAAAAUUGUUAAUAAAACAUUUAUAAAGCAAUGUGUAGUGCGCGUCUAAAUUUUCAUACUAUCGGCAACACAGUCCUUAUUCUAAUUAUUUUUAUUGGAUUUUCUGCCGGGCUACGUCCAACCAACUUAUUGAAAACUACAGACAAUACAACUCGACAAACACCAAGACGUUCACUGCGUCUGCCAAACAGCACAUUUCCAUUACAUUACGACUUACAUAUAAAUACAAGCAUACAUUUAGAGGAUUUUGUCUAUAUCGGAAAUGUGACCAUUGACAUUGAGAUUAGAGAGUCCACAAAUGAGAUUGUCAUGCAUGCAAAGAAUUUAAGUGAUUUCGAGAUUAUCGUCUAUGAGUUACCAAGUGGCGAUGUGGUUACAGAUCUAACACACUCGUACGAUCCAUUCAGCCACUUCUUGAUUAUACAUCCUAUUCAACGUUACGUUGCCUUCGAGGCGGGUCAACUGUACCGUGUGCAAAUCCUCUUCAAGGGGCUUUUACAUAGCACAACUUAUGGCUUCUAUUGGUUUUCCUAUAACGACCAAAACAAUCGAACUGUUUACCAAGCAGCAACACAAUGUGAACCGACCAGUGCACGUUUGGCCUUUCCAUGCUAUGACGAACCAGCAUUCAAGUCGAAUUUUACAAUACACCUCACACACAGCGAUAUCUACACGUCCAUCUCCAAUAUGCCGGUGCGGCAGUUGAUACGACAUGAUGAAAGUAAUUUGGUUACAACAAGUUUCUAUCCUACACCGCCGAUGUCCACUUAUCUGGUGGCAUUUGUCAUCUCGAAUUUCGAAUACAUAUCGGAAGAAUAUCGUAAUGUAACACAACGCAUUUUUACUUCGCCCACAAUAGAGGAUAAAGGACACAAUGCACUGAAGAAUGCUGUGCGUGUGGUAGCCCAGCUGGAGGACUACUUUGGCAUUAAGUAUUCAUUGUCAAAACUGGAUCACAUUGCAUUGAACAAAAACUACGGUGCUGCCAUGGAAAAUUGGGGUUUAAUUACUUAUAAAGAGGAUACGUUGGUACAUCAAAAUGAUGCUGAUGUACAUAAAAAACUAAAGGACAUUCUAACACAGAACCAUGAAAUUGUACAUCAAUGGUUCGGUAAUUUAGUUUCGCCCGAAUGGUGGACGUACGCUUGGAUUAAUGAGGGCUUUGCUACGUACUUUGCAUACAUUUUGACAGAUUUGGUGAGUUUUGGCGAACAUUUGUUAUCUAUGUAUCGUGUGUAUAGUAUUGUAGAGAUGACCUACUCCAGGAUGAAAGCCUUGCACUUGACAGCUAUUUAA